AUGUCAUCUCUCAAUAAUAUAAAACGAGAGUUGAUGAAUAAAUUAGUUGAUUGCUUUAUUGCUUUAUAUAUCGACAGUCUGAUGUGCAGAUAUUUACGUUCGAACUGUUAUCCUAAAAUAUUUUUCUAUUCCAUUCACAGUGAUUCGCUUACACAAAAAGAAAUUUUAGCAUCUAACGAAAGCGAUUUUUCCGAAUAG